AUGGCUCUUCUUUCAAUUACACAUCUUUACUUUCAGAAAUCUAUACUGAGUCAUGGUUUUCCAGGCAUUCCAGGGUCAAAUGGCAUGCCGGGAAUGCCCGGCGUGCCUGGGCCGCAGGGACCUCAGGGAAGAGAAGGUCUAAAAGGACAAAUUGGUGAUAAGGGAUCACAAGGAGUGCAGGGUCCAAGAGGAGACAGGGGGCGCGAAGGGCCUCCCGGGAAGAGCGGACCGUCAGGAAUUAUGGGGAUAAAAGGAGAACCGGGACUUCUGGGAAUGAAAGGAGAGCCAGGCAUUAUGGGAAAUCAAGGAAUAAAAGGAGACAAAGGAGAGAAAGGAGAAAGCGUCAAAGCAAGUCAAGCAAGUGUGGUACCUCAAACCAACUGGAAACAAUGUGUGUGGAAAUCAGACGGCUAUACCGAUAACGGAAAGAUCAAGGUAAACAAGAAAUAUGCUAAAUAAUUGCUAUAGAUCACAAGGAAAGUAGACGAUCGCAUUCGAUACAAAAAGGAAGAAAAUUUAAGAAGUUGCUGAGUAAAUUAAUUUGGAGUCAAUUAAAUAGCUCUGAGAAGAAAAAUCUGCUUACCCUUCCCCCUCUGGUGAUCUUAACUUUAUGUCACCUCUUUCAGCUGAUUUUUAUUUCCCUUUUUAAUUAGUAUUACAAGAAUAGAGGCGUUACCAAAUAUAUUUUAAUUGUUUGCCAGGAGUGUGCUUUCAACAAAUUAAAGUCGGAUUCAGCGCUCAAAGUCUCGUUCCAGGGAAACAUGAGGGUCUAUGGUCAUACUAAGGGUAAUCGGUGGUACUUCAAGUUCAAUGGAAACGAAUGUACUGGACCAAUGACGAUUGAGGCUGUUAUUUACAACGAAUGGUCAUCAGGAAAUUCUAAUCUGUAUCAUCAUCGGUCAUUUGAGGGGUACUGUGAGAACAUUCGAAAAGGCGCAGUUAGAGUGGAAUUAUGGGUAGGAAAGUGUGGUAGCUUCACCCUGGGUAAUGCUCACACUGGGUGGAAUUCAGUAUCCCGGAUAAUGAUAGAAGAAGUAUCUAGGCCCCAGUCCUAA